UAGCCAGUGAAGCGGGCCGCAGAUGAGCCAUCGACAUCUUGUACUAUCUCUCUCUCUACUCCCUUCACGCUUUCUUUCUGCGGCAUCGCUUGUCCACUUGAAAGUGCGAACCCUACGAAAGAAUCAAAGUAGUCCAGCCAAAGAACAAAGCGUUUGCUCGCUUUUCCUUUUGCUUGCGUUCUCCGUUGUCUAUACCGAAAUUUCUUGGUGAAUCCUCGUCCUCAUCGCCGAUCGUAUUAGGUUUAGGUUAUGGUAUUUGUUUCUGAUUUGAGGUUUUUCCGUAGCUCUAUAUGCUUACUGGAAAGAGAGCCUGUGAAGCUGAUGUAGAGGAAGACGGUGUUGUCAUAGAAGAAGCGUCGAAGAAGGCCAGAGCGGAGGAAUACGUGAUUUCGUCAACUUCGGGUGCGCUGGCAGAGGGGUACAAUCACGGGCCACUGAUGGAUUACGAGGUAGCCAACGGGAAAAAUUCGAUGGAGAUCGAUGAAGAUCUCCAUAGUCGGCAGCUCGCCGUCUACGGGAGGGAGACCAUGCGGCGGCUUUUUGCCUCCAGUGUUCUGGUCUCUGGUCUCCAAGGCCUUGGCGCCGAGAUAGCAAAAAACCUAGUCCUUGCAGGCGUUAAAUCUAUCACGUUGCAUGAUGAAGGCAAGGUGGAGCUUUGGGAUUUAUCCAGCAAUUUCUAUUUAUCUGAAGAUGACGUCGGAAAGAAUCGAGCUAUGGCUUGUGUUCAGAAGUUACAAGAGCUGAAUAAUACAGUUAUAAUAUCUACCAUAACUGUUGCUUUGUCAAAGGAACAACUUUCAGAUUUCCAGGCUGUUGUGUUCACUGAUAUUAGCUUAGAGAAAGCCAUUGAGUUUGAUGAUUACUGCCACAAUCACCAACCCCCAAUUGCUUUCAUAAAAUCUGAAAUACGAGGCCUUUUUGGUAGUGUGUUCUGCGAUUUUGGUCCAAUGUUCACAGUUGUGGAUGUUAAUGGAGAGGAACCUCAUACAGGGAUCAUUGCAUCUAUCAGUAAUGAUUGCCCUGCACUUGUGUCAUGUGUUGAUGAUGAGCGGCUGGAAUUUCAGGAUGGUGAUCUUGUUAUAUUUUCUGAAGUGCAAGGAAUGAUAGAGCUCAAUGAUGGAAAACCACGGAAAGUUGUUAAUGCAAGGCCAUAUUCUUUUGCUCUGGAAGAAGACACUACUGGGUUUGGCACAUACAACAGAGGUGGUAUUGUAACACAGGUGAAGCAACCUAAAGUCCUGCAAUUCAAGCCUUUAAGAGAUGCAUUGAGAGAUCCUGGCGACUUCCUUCUAAGUGAUUUUUCUAAGAUCGAUCGCUCACCUCUGCUACAUUUGGCAUUUGAAGCAUUGGAUGCCUUUCGGCAUGAAUUUGGGCAUUUCCCUGCUCCUGGAUCCGAGGAAGAUGCUCAGAAACUAACAAAUUUUGCUGUCAGUAUCAAUGAGAGAAAGAGUAACUGUAAGUUGGAAGAGAUUGAUAGGAAACUUCUCUAUCAUUUUGCAAGUGGUUCAAGAGCUGUCUUGAAUCCCAUGGCAGCAAUGUUUGGUGGUAUUGUUGGGCAAGAAGUUAUGAAGGCUUGCUCUGGAAAGUUCCAUCCCCUUUUCCAGUUUUUUUAUUUUGAUUCAGUGGAAUCGCUCCUUCCUGAGCCUCUGGACCCUAAUGAUCUAAAACCAUUGAAUUCCCGAUAUGAUGCUCAAAUCUCAGUAUUUGGAGCCAAGCUUCAGAAGAAAUUGGAAGAAGCCAAUGCAUUUAUAAUAGGGUCUGGCGCUCUUGGAUGUGAAUUCUUGAAGAACCUAGCAUUAAUGGGGGUUAGCUGCAGCCCAAAAGGAAAGCUAACAAUAACAGAUGAUGAUGUCAUUGAGAAGAGUAACCUCAGUCGCCAGUUUCUCUUCCGUGACUGGAAUAUUGGGCAGGCUAAAUCCACUGUGGCAGCAGCAGCUGCUACGGCAAUCAAUCCGUCUUUUCAUAUCGAGGCUUUGCAAAAUCGAGCAAGUCCUGAGACAGAGAAUGUGUUUGAUGAUACUUUUUGGGGGAGCUUAGAUGUUGUUAUCAAUGCUUUGGACAAUGUAACUGCCAGGAUGUAUAUAGAUGGAAGAUGUUUGUAUUUUCAGAAGCCAUUGCUGGAAUCUGGGACACUUGGUACUAAGUGUAACACACAAAUGGUUGUACCUCACCUUACUGAGAAUUAUGGAGCAUCCAGAGACCCCCCAGAGAAGCAGGCACCUAUGUGCACGGUCCACUCGUUCCCCCACAACAUUGAUCACUGCUUGACAUGGGCUAGGUCCGAGUUUGAGGGCAUACUUGAUAAGACGCCCAAUGAAGUGAACAAGUUUUUAGCUAAUCCAAGUGAAUAUCUUGCUGCUAUGAAGGCUGCAGGUGAUGCCCAAGCAAGGGAUCUUCUUGAACGUGUUGUGGACUGCCUUGAUACGGAUAGAUGUGAUACCUUUCAAGAGUGUGUCACUUGGGCACGGCUCAGGUAUAAUUUCUUAAUUUCUUUUCCCUCUACUUGGCAGCAUGCUAUGUUUUCUAACAAAACUAUCCUAAUGAUUAUGCUUCUUAAAGCACUUGGCUCUAUCUUCCAGCACUUUGAACUGGAAAACUGAUCUAAUUUCUGUAAU